GACCGUGUGUCUGCCUGCUCAGGAAAAAAAAAAACGCAGGAAAGUUCAGUCUCUAACUCAGUGAACCUAUGAAAGAAACCGGAUGACGGAUAGGUUUUAAGUUGGACUCGCGUGUCCGUGUUUGUUUUUUCACUUUAAGUGUGUGUGGGGUUGUUUUUUUUUUUUUUUUAAGACGUUUUCAGACUGGUGCUCCGGAACGCGAACUGCUUUGGGAUUGACGCUCAUCUCGAAGUUCCCAAGAUGAACUUCGGUCCGGUGGUCGGAAAACUUUUUGUGGUCGUGGCAGGACUGAUUGUUUGCCACGCGGCGGAACUCCCGGCCCCUCAGUGGUCUGGAGAGGAGUACAGAAACCUCACUCUGAGACGACUCAGGACAUGUGUGGAGAAUGAGCAGUACCCCCACCAAGGACUCUGCUGCGUGAACUGCAAGGAGGGAACGUUUGUGCAGAAGCCAUGUGAAGGUGAUCUGGAGGAAGGAACAUGCGUGUCCUGUGAACACGGACAGACGUACACCGAGCAUCCAAAUGGGAUGAACCGCUGUCUGCCCUGUACACACUGUCGCCCUGACGAAAGAGUAAUCACUCCCUGCACGACCACAACGGACACCAAGUGCGAGUGCAAGCCCGGCACCUUCUGCGUUCCUGACCAGGCCUGUGAAGUCUGCAAACGCUGUGCCAAGUGCAAAGCCGGCGAGGAGGAGGUGAAGAAUUGCACGCCCUUUUCCAACACAGUGUGCCGAAAACGAGACCCGUCCCCGACCGAAACGGUAACGCCUCGGUCUCCUCCGGUUCCCGACCCGCCAACAAACACCUGGUUUCUUGUAUUAAUGGUCUUGAUCUGCAUCAUGGUCAUUGUCGUCUUUGCCAUUAUUUUGUGGUUCCUACGGAAACAGCACUCAUGCGACGUACCAUGGUUCAAAAGCUCUUGUGAAUCGAGCGAAAUCGUAAAGAUUCCCAUCGAUGAGAGUGGAGCCACUGCGGAGGAGAAGCAGAACAACCAGAACGCGGGCCUGGAGGGCGAGGAGCCCCGCCCAGAGUCGCGGCCCCUGCUGCAGGAGACGCAACCCGUGAUGACCAAGGCCUGCCCGCCUCUGGAGGACGAGGACCGCGGACUGGGCGACAGUUUGCCCAACACCACCAGCUCGUCCCAGACGAGCCUGUCGGCGCUGCCCACCGCUGCCUCCACUGGCAGCACCCCGCACCACAGCCCCGCCGGCUUCAGACAGUUGCCUUCAGACACGGAUGACCCUCUUGGACAUCGAUUGCUGCCACUGCUUGGGUCGGAGAAGUCCCUCAGGAAGAGCUUCGACUUGUUCGACGAAUACCUGGACGUGCGGAUCCACAACAAGUUCUUCCGACUGAUCGGCAUCAGCGACAACCACAUUCGGAUCGCCGAGAGCGGCGCCCCCGGCGACAAAGUGUACGAACUGCUGAAGAACUGGAUGCAGAGGCAGGGGCUGAAGGCCGACAUCAACGACCUGCUGGAGGCGCUGCUGAGCAUGGACCAGCGGCGCUCGGCCGAGUGCAUCGCCCACGCCGCCCUGAGGAGAGGCUACUACAAGCACGCCGACACCCCCUGAAGCUAACGAAGCUAACGCCAACGCUACUCGCCACCGGAACAAACUACAGCCGCCGUCAGUGGACGCCGUGUCUCACAGAACAGGGCUUACCUCCUUUUUGUGGCUGUUCAGCCAUGCUUUUAAAAGCCAGUAGUUUUUUCUUUUAAAAACAAAAAACAAACCAAAAACAAAAACGAAGCAUAAAAAAAAGGGGAAAGUCAAGACACACCGAUCAGCUGUUGACUAUUUGCCAAAUGCUGAAGCAAAUAAAAAAAUCGUUCAAAUAUGCUUUUGAUGGAAGCCUGAAGGCUUCAACUGUUGCGUUCUGACACAUUUGGAUGUUUUCGGCUGUCGGUGAAGAGGCCAGACACUGAAAGCACAGAAGUCUCCAGCCGUGUCCCACCCAAGUCACGAGACGCUACUGGCCGGAGAAAAUGGGGGGGGAGGGGACGAGGAUAAUAUACACUGGUUUGUAGGAGCGGCAUGGCGUGUGCCGCUAAUACCGUGCCUGUUCGAUGCACUGAUACCUGGUGGCACAUGUAGAACUGAAAACAGGUCAAGUUUCAAUGUGUUCUGUAGAUUCAAUCCUUACCGCAAAUAUCAGUCCAAGAAUACUUUUCUUCUCUAAUGGUGGAAAAUAUUCACAAAUACUAACAUCCAUCCCUACUAAUGACGUAUUUACCUCUUCAUCAUUGUUUGUUUUUUUUUCCCUACAACUUCAUUAUGUUUCUCAAACUGUGUUCUAGUUGUGUCUGCGGUCUUUGCGUGUUCAGUGUUCUCACUUUCAAACACUGUAGAAGGAAUUUGCAGGACGUUUCUAAUCGGAGCAUGCGUCGAUGGUCGCCUCGACGUUUCCGUGGCGACUUGGAGAAGUUCAGAGGUCAUUCUAUUUAUUGUCAUAUUUAUUGAGAGGAUUAUUAUCUGUGAUUAUUUAUACCAUUGCCAAAAACACACGGUCAUUGUGACGUCCCUGCAGGGCAAAAGAAAAAAAAAAGAAGAAAUGACUGAGAUCAAAUCCUUUCACGUUCAAAAGCAACAAAAAAAUGUAGCUUUUUUUAUUAUUAUUUUUAUUUUCUUUCCUGUUCCUGCUUGUCGGACUAGGUUCAGAACGACAAUCCGGCUUUGCGCGUCAAGUGUGAUCCGUGUGCAGAUCACACUUUCCUUUUCUUUUUUUUUAAAUAUCAACUGAUUUCCGUAUUCAGGACAGAGUGGAGGUUUCCAUGACGCCUAAAGCAGAAUGUAUCUCGUCGAAUUAAAUUCUCAUUAACUUCGGACGUUCAACCCGUUUUCUGCUAACCGACUGAACGCGUGACCCGUCGCCCGAAUCCACGAGACAGGGGGGGGCAGGUUACACGCCGUUUCCUGGUGAUGUAAGAUGAAGGAAAUCUUUUCUGGAUAUAAAAAGAAGCUCAGAUUUUGUGUUUUAAAAGCUCACCCUCUGCGCAUACAUGCAUGUGCAUCCACAGGCCUUAGAAAUGUAUUUAUAUAUUCAGAUGGAUUUAGAAAUCAAAGUGAAAAUCAUGAGUUAUGGAACUGCUCAUCAACCAGAAACAGGUUGUUGUUGUUGUUGUUGUUGUUUUGCUUGUUGUUUUUCUUGUUUAUGCCCAUUUGUUUUUUCUGCAUACUGUUAUGUAAAAAGCACAGAUUUAGAGUUAUAUAUUGUUGCUGAUGAGUGAUGCUACAGUGCUGGCACUGCCAUCUAUUGACAAAACCAUGAAACUGCAGCCUGCAUCCGUUUCUAGUUACUCUUCACGCCCAUCCUGUUUUAUUUUUCCGUGUCUGUUGCAUCCAUUUUUCAGCUGAAUUCUCCUGUUGGCCUGAUGCAGCAGAGCAGGGAAAAUGAUUCAGUUCUCUUGUUUACUCCAUACCACAUCGUGUGUGUGUGUGUGUGUCUGUAGAAUUUUUUUUAAUACCUCUGUUUUUAUAUGCCUUUAGUGCAAGUCUAAGCUGUUCAGUUAAUUUCCAUUAAGUUCUGUAAUUGCCAGAUUACCGUUAAGCCAUUUUUUCCCCCCCUGAGUUACUGUUUGGUUGUCAUGGAUCUUUAAAUACAAAGUGAUGUAAAUACAACAAAGCUGUUUUUACAUUAAGUUCAAAUAAAUGUUUUGUACAG